CAGAUAGAGUAGGGUAGAUGUUGAUAUAUUCAGACCGGACUCCCGCGGUGUUGUCAUUUUUAUUUCAGCACGGCUAGUGUUUUUGCCCAGCAUGGCUUACGAUAUAUAGCCGUACAGCGCUUGCGUGUUACCUUGGUAACGGAGCGUGGCAGAACCAAUCAGAGCCAACAUGCGCAAACAAAACCAAAAUUCGUUCAUCCGAUAGUACUACUCUCUCGUGAAAAAUACUAUAGAUAUUAGCGGCGGUUGAAUGUUUUGAAAACGUGUGUUCAAACCAGUUCAAACACGUGGUACUUACCUUCCCCCUAUUAAUGACGUCGGAUAUGUUAUCAUAAAAGUUCACGACGUAACUUGAUACAAGGUACAUAUCUCUCAAUUGAAUAAAUUUUCUUCUCGUAAUUAAUUCAAAUUGGUCUGUGACACGAUCGCGCUUAUAUUUGUAUCUGAUUAAAUAUUUUAUUGAAAAUAAUGGAAAGUUUAAGAAGAAACUUCAGGCCACCAAAAAUGCUACUGAAACUGUAUUCUCUGUUUAUCUUAACAUUGGAUCUUGUGACACUAUUAUUCGGAAUAGUUUUUGCUAUCUUAGUUACAUUUUAUAGAAUGUUUAGACCUCCGCCUUUGAAAAGUCUUCGUGGAGAAAUAGCAAUGGUUGUUGGCGCAGGACGUGGAGUGGGAAGAGAAUUAGCAAUUCAUUUAUGUCAGUUAGGAGUUAAUGUUGCUUGUGUAGAUAUCAAUGUUGAAAACUGUUAUGGUACCAUACUACAAACAUCUAGAGGUUUUGGAGUAACUAAAGCAUAUAUUUGUGAUAUAACAGAUAAAAAUGAAGUAGCUCAUACAGUGAAUAAUAUUCAAUCAGAAUUAGGUGAAGUUACAAUGCUUUUCCAUUGCUGCAGUAUACCUAGCCCUAGAGCAUUACUUCAGGAUCCACCAGAAAUAAGGCAUACAAUUGAUUUGACAGUUAUUAGUCAUUUCUGGUUAUUGGAUGCAGUUUUACCAUGCAUGGAGCGUGUUGGCAGAGGGCAUAUAGUAGUUCUAUCAUCUGUGGCAGGGCUUUCAGGUGGUGCCACAGGAAGAAGUAGAGUCCCUUUAUCCACUGCACAGUUUGCAGUUCAAGGAUUGGCUGAAUCAUUGCAUACAGAAUUAAGACAUUCUAAUAGCAACAUCAUAAUCACUUUAGUUCACGUUUAUCCGUUUAUUGUAGGCGCUGAAGUGGCAAAAGAUAUUCGCUUCAGAAUACCGAGUUACUUUGGCACGAUGCCAGCUGCAGAAGCUGCUAAACAAAUUUUGGACGGUGUUCGUCGGAAUUAUGCGGAAUUCAGUGUACCUGGUUAUUUACUUUAUUUGGGACACAUUCUUAGGAUACUACCAAAAAAAGCAUCAUUUAUGUUACGCGAUUUGCUAGAUACGGGCGUUGAUUUUGGAUGAUAGGUAUUUAACAUUAUUUUUACUGAAACAGAAAUCAAUCUUGAUUAUAUAAUUUAAAUAUGUAUUGUGAGAAGAGAGUUUGUAGUUUUGGCACUAAGAAAAACUUCGAGAUAUAUAAAAAUUAACAUUUUAUUUUUUUUUUUUAUAUAUAUAUAUAUAUAUAUAUAUAUAUAUAUAUGGUUUAAUCUUUGAGGCAUUUUGUAAUAAAGAUGUUAUUUAUACUCGUUUGUUUCAUGUUUUUGAUAUGAAACCUGAUAUAUGCGUAUGUAUUUAGUUUCUUUACAUGUCUAGUAGUUACAAACAAUCAAUUAAUCGCGAAUAAUCCAUAAAUGAUUUACUACUUAAUAUAAAAAAAUAUAUCAUAUAAUUAACACUUAGAUAUAAAAUAAUAACUAGGAUUUUUAUACUUACUGUUAAGCUUAUGUUAUCUACAUGUUCAUGUACAAAGACUGAAAUUUCAUAUUUGUUAAAUGGUGUGAAUGCAAUAUGGAUCUUAUACAUUUUAUGGUGAUUUAAUUUGGCUAAAUAUAUUUUUUCAUAUACAGUAAACUAUACUUUGGGAUCAAUUUUCGUAGUUUUUCCAAGAAAGUCUAAUUCGCUCGAUACUGUACAUUUACAACGAACCUUGAUGUUUUAUCGAAAACGGUAUAUAUAUAUAUAUUUUUUUUUUUUACGAAGGCUGCCAAAUAUUAAUAAAUAAAUGUUACUGAUUACUAAUCGUAUUGAAUUGUUUGAAAAGUAGAAAAGAUAAUUGUGUAUUUUAUAGACACGCAAAUGUGUCGACAUUAAGAAUUACUACAACGUGAUUAGAAAUAUACAUUACUGUGAUAAUAACACGUGUAUGUGUGUUUACAAGUAUGAAAAAACUAUUUACAAGACCUAAAUCAGGGAGUAAUUUGUCAUAUCCAUAAUAUAAGCUAAACUUUCAGCAAAUUCUAAAAAAAA